GUUUUAAUGGGCCCGACUUCUCUCGUGUUUACCAACAGCCAACAAUACGUCUCUUUUGAUUUGUGUAAACUUUACAACCGCACGAUGUCAACGUAGGUGAUGUAAAUAAUUCGGGGCUUACCUAAUUCUGUUCAAUAUUGUGUACUGUUUCCAGCCACUGUCUUUGGUACCUUUAUACCACCUGGUUCAGGUAUACUUUUGGACUGACGGGAGCUGAAGUACCUGGCCUGACUGAAACUUUUGUGUGAUCAUUCUUUUGACCGUCGGGUUCUUCCACAAUGGUCAUGUGACAUUGACGAUAACAAGCCAUAGCCUGGUUUGUUAUUUUGUUGAGAAAAAAAGGCGUUAAUGUUUUCAAUCCAUUGAUUAUAGUUCCCUUAGGGUUAAAAAGAAAAAUUCUGUACGAAGUAAAGAGAAAUAAGUUCUGGUCUUUCUGUUGUGAAAAUUUGGGUAUUUCGGAGUGACGACACCCCCUUUACUGUUGUGGAAGGAGCGAGAAAAGGACACGAAGACAGAACUGUACACCUGAGAGGAUUCGCAAUCAUCUUGUAUAUUUUCUGUCCACCACCAUGGGUAUUAUUGUAACCCGUAUCGCGGAUUUCUGGCGACACCCAGGCCCUGAGCAGACGGACACGUCACAUGACCUGUACAAGGUCUUCCUGAAGGAGGUUAUAGCAGCUGUGGACAAGGGAAACUGUGAGGCCCUGGAUGUCCUACAGGAGGAGGCUCAGAUCAACUGUUGGGGGAGCAUCGAGUCCCUACAGACUGUGCCACCGUUGUUGUGUCGAGCUGCGGCCAAGGGACGCAAGCAGGUCAUCAAGUAUCUUCUUGAGCUGGGUGUGAACGCGGAUGAGACGGACACAUCUGGCAUGACCCCGUUACAUCACGCGUGUCGCGGGAAAAGAACCGACUGCAUGCGGCUGUUACUCUCCAAGGCCAGAGAGAUUGACCGACGGGAUGUGUGGGGGAGGACUCCGCUCAUAAAGGCACUGGUCUACCGGGGCUUAGAGGCUGCUGAGCUGCUUUUAGAGAAAGGAGCCAACCCAAACGCUGUGGACAUCUACGGCAUGACGCCAGUGACAACUGCCAUUGACUACAACCUGACCGACAUUCUCAGGACUCUGGUGAGUCACGGUGCGGAUGUGAACCAGGUGAACCAGCACUCCUUCCGCUGGUCAGGGCCGCCCCUCUACCUGGCUAUCAACAACCAAAACACGGACAUGGUCAAUGAGCUGCUGCGUCUAGGGGCCACCACUGUGCCGCGACUCCAGGACUACACAACUACCCGCCCUAGUGGGGGGCUCUCCUGGAGCUACCUCCAGUUCACCGGCGGCACCACCAACCAUCACGUGGGUCUGACCCCCACCCUCACACACAGCAACGCCGUCUCCAUGGCGAUGGCCGAGCUGAUGAAGCGUGGCCACGAGCACAUCGACAACGAUUGUCAGGGCAUGGAGAUCCUGAUGGCCCUCCUGUCGGCCCACGGCCACCCUCUAGGGCCGUCCCCGGAUGUCCUGGUGCGGGUUCUCAUCAACUCCCGGCCCAGCGACUUCUCCAUGCUGCUUCACAAGCUACAGGUGUGCUCUAGCAGCUGUCAGGACGGAAUGGUUGGCUUAGGACAGACUGACCGGGGAGGAGAUGCGACCUCCGCAGGGUUAAGGUUACAGCGACAACAACAGCAAGCCCAAGAGAUUCCAAACCAGCAAGCCAUCGGUAAUAACAAUAACAACAAUAACGAUGAGGACGAUGACAGUGGCAACAACAGCAGCAACAACAGCAGCAACAACAGCAGCAACAGCUCGAAGAAGAAGAUUCACCGUCGCGUGACCUCUCUCCAGAACCAGGCUCGCCGUGUGGUGAGAAAGUCAGUCAUGCGGUCGGGCCGUAACGUUGUCUGGGCAACCAAGAGACUGCAGUGCCCCCCUGCCCUCAAAAGCCUGAUUCUUCUCCGAGACAUAGACCGGGCGUACUCACCUCCAUCACCUCGCUUUACUAAACCCUUCAUGCCUCCUGCCUCUUCCUGAAUGGAGUGAAAUUUGAUGAAAGCAAAGUAUAGCCUUCUUCGUCUUUGGGUAUCACAAGGAUUACCACCUAAUACUUCCUGUUUCUUUAGGGCAUAGCUGCAAUUUCAUUGUGACCCCAGAUGUUGUACACUAGGUCGAGCAAUGUGAAAUGGGGUUGGCCGGUGGGGGAA